AUGUCGUCCAACAACACCUCGGCCAGUGUCUCCAUCGAUAAGUUCGAUGGGGACAACUACUCAACCUGGUGUCGCUACAUGCGCGGCGUGUUUCUGACGAAGUCAGUCUGGUACGUCGUGAACCGCGAAACGUCUCCAACCUUCACCGACACGCGAGCUUCCGACGAGUACGUCAAGGCGAGCAACAUCGCGUUCGGGUUGAUGUUGCUCCACAUGGACGCCGACUACCACCAUGUGGUCGACAACUGUGAAGAAGCAUGGACAGCGUGGUCGCGGUUGAAGAUGCUCUAUGGUGGGUCGCAGAAGGCGGGACGCAUCUACCUCAAGCGCCAGCUGUUCAGCAUCAAGAUGGCGGAAGGUGCCAACGUCUUGCACCAUUGCAACGAAGUCUUGAACAUCGGCGCCAAGCUCAGCAGCAUCGGUGCCAAGAUGGAAGACGAAGACAUUGCGAUCUGCUUGCUGCUCAGUCUCCCGAAGAGUUUCGAGAACGUGGUUCUGAACUUGGGAGAUGGACGACAAGGCAAGAAGAUGACAACGGCAACGACAACGGUGAAGACUGAAGAUGCGACAAAGGCAUUCAGUACCGAGCGCAAGCCCUACCAAUGCACAUACUGCGGCAAGGUGGGGCACACGGCAGAGCGUUGCUGGACGAAGCAAAAGGAUGAAAGUCGAGGAGCCACCAACGCCGCGGCAAUGGUCGUGGACGCGGGGCAAACAAUGUCCAGUGGCGACAUUAUGAUGAAGGCAACAGCUACGAUCGAGUGGCGUUUGCAGUUUCGUUCGAAUGCGGAGUUUCGACGAACAAGAAUGGACCAGGAAUGUGGGCCGUUGACAGCGGGGGCAACACAUCACAUCUGCCACGACAAGUUCAAGUUUGUAAGCUACGCCCGAAGGCAAUGA